GAAAAGUUUCAAUGGAACAAAAAAUGGAUUAUUAAUUAUAUAAAUUUGAUUUUUAAAAGAGAAGUGAAGGAAUGCAAGAGAAUAAUGAACAGAAAAGUAAUGCUUGCAGAGAAAGAAUCAGGAUCAACGAGUGAAUCUGAAAUUGAUUUAUUAUCAGAUGCAGACGAAGAAGUUUCGCAUUCAAUACAAAAUCCACAAGAUCAGUUUAUUAAGGAAAAUAUAUCUGCAUUGGAUGAUGAUAAUAAUCUUGUCUCAGGUAUAAGUGCUAUUGGUGCAAUGAUUCAAGGUGUUACUGAUUUAGCAACAGUCACUACUACAAUUGCAACCGGAAAUGAUGUUAAUGAUAUUACAAAAUCAGAAAAUGAAGAUAAGAAGUUCCGCGCAAAUGUGUCAACAAUUCUUAGCGCAGAUGUGAAACAAUUAUUGUCAUACGUGGAAUCGUAUACGCCAAAAAUGAUCCAUAUUGAACCAAUUUUAAAACCAUUUCUUAUUGAUUACAUUCCAGCUGUUGGUGAUGUUGAUGCUUUUAUUAAAAUACCACGACCUGAUGGGGUGGAAGAUGAUUUGGGUUUGGUAUUAUUGGAUGAACCAGCAAUGGAACAAAGUGAUCCAAUCAUUUUAAAUUUAAAAAUGCGAAAUGAAUUAAAAGAUCACACAAAUAUGCUAGCAAAAGAUAUACCGGUGAAAAAAUUAGAACGAGCUGAUGAAAAUAUUGAAGAGAUUGAACAUUGGAUAAGUAGUAUCAAGGAAAUACAUCGAACUAAACCAUCCGAUAUAGUGAUCUAUACGAAACCGAUGCCAAAUAUUGAGCAUUUAAUGCAAGAAUGGCCAAUUGAAGUGGAAAAUUUACUAAAAAAUGAACAGUUACCAAGUGCAGCAUUGGACGUAUCACUGGAAGAAUAUGUUGAUAUUUGUUUGGCAUUAAUAGAUAUACCGGUACAAAAAUCCCGAAUUCAAUCACUUCAUGUACUUUUCACACUGUUUGCCGAAUUUCGUAAUUCACAGCAUUUUCGAAAUUUGGCUAAAAAUAAUUUCAUGAAAAACAAUACUGAUACAUUUCAUGAAUGUAACAAUCCUGAUGAGCCAGAACGGCUUGAAUUAUAA